AUGGAUGAAUAUCUUCAUAUGGAUUCUCAAGUUGGUUCUAGUUUAAUAUCCGAUUUCUCUUCAUUCAUUAGCAAAGUUGGAGAGGAAGAUUUGACAAAUAAAUUUAUCACAAAUGAAAUAUUUCGUUCACGGGAGCACUUAAUUGAUUGGGUAAGAGGGAUGCCUUAUGAUUUAGGAUUUUUUGUGGUAAUAGUAAAAUCUGAUAUAACUACUGGUGUACGUGAAAGAAAAACGUUCGUCAUACUUGUAUGUGAAAGAGGAGGGAAAUAUCGAAAAUACAAAGCUGAUCCGGUGCCUAGUGUAUACGACACUCGUAAAUGUGAGUGUCCGUUUAGAUUAAAGGGUAAACCAUGUUCAGACGGGGAUGGAUUGGUGUUGAAGGUGAUGUGUGGACAUCACAACCAUGAGUUGGCUGAAACUUUAGUUGGACAUCCUUAUGCUGGCAGGUUAAAUAUGAGUGAGCAAUCAUUACUAGUUGAUAUGACAAAGAGUAAAGUUACACCUGCAAAUAUUUUAUUAACCCUCAAACAAAAUAAUGAUCAAAAUAUCACAAUGAUUAAACAAAUCUACAACGCAAGGCAAACGUAUAAACGAUCAUUGAGAGGGUCCAGAACUGAACUACAACAACUUAUGAUGUUGUUGGACUGGGAUAAGUACAUUCAUUGGAGUAGGUGUGCCGACGAUUCAGAGGUUGUUACUGACCUGUUUUGGACACAUCUUGAUGCGGUGAAAUUGUUAAACUCAUUUAAUGUUGUAUUUUUUAUGAAUUCCACAUAUAUAGACUUCCGUUGCUUGAGAUAUAGACUUCCGUUGCUUGAGAUUGUGGGCAUGAUGACUACAGGGUUAAAAUUCUCUACAACAUUUGCUUUCUUGUCUACUGAACGACAGAGUAAUUUCACAUGGGCUUUGAAAAAGCUGAAAGGUUUAUUUUUAACAUCUGAAGCUGGUCCUAAAGUCAUUGUCACUGACCGAGACUUGGCCUUGAUGAAUGUUAUUUCAAAUGUAUUCCACGAGUCAUAUAAGAUGUUAUGUCAUUUCCACAUCCUUAAAAAUGUUAAAGCUAAAUGCAAAAUGUUAGUUCAUUCUACUGAGGUUUUGGAUGUGUUGAUGGAUGCAUGGCAAAAUGUGAUGGAUUGUGCUGAUGAGAGCUUGUUUGUUGAGUAUGUGAAUGGUUUUCAAUAUGCGAGCAGUUCAUGGCCUUUGUUCUUUGAAUAUGUGAAUCAGACUUGGAUUAUUCUGGUUGAGUAUGCUCAUUGGAGUUUGAAGAAAGUUUUGGGCAAUAGUAUGGGUGAUUUGUGUUCUUGUUGGGAUAGUAGUCAUAACGUCGUUAUCCUACAACACAACAAGAUUAAGGCAUCAUUUGAAAGAAGUCUGUGGCUCACGAGUGACCCUUUUAAAGGAUACAGAUAUCGAAAACUUAUUGGGCGUGUCUCUAUGCAUUGGAUCUCAUUGCUAAGGAAUUAG